AUGUUCUCCAAAAUCACCGUCGUCCUUCUUACUGCCAGCAUGGCAGCAGCUCACAUGGAAAUGGCCUGGCCUUAUCCAUUGCGCAGCCGGUUUGAUCCACAGAGCACCAAUAUCGACUAUUCCAUGACCAACCCGUUGAACAGCGACGGGUCGAACUUUCCCUGCAAGGGAUACCAUAAGAAUACCCCCUGGCGCGCCACUGCCGAUUUCAAAGCCGGCCAGAGCUACACCAUGGAGUUGGAUGGUGAUGCCCGUCACGCCGGCGGAUCUUGCCAGCUCUCGUUGAGCUACGACAACGGGGUGACCUUCAAAGUAAUCCAGUCGAUGGUCGGUGGAUGUCCAUUGGUGGACUCUUGGAACUUCCAGGUGCCCAGCGAUGCGCCGAACGGCAAAGCGCUCUUCGCCUGGACAUGGUACAACCUCGUCGGCAACCGCGAGUUGUAUAUGAACUGCGCGGAUGUCAAUGUCACCGGCGGCUCGGGCAGCACAGCCUCCUUCGGAGCCAACUACCCGGACCUUUGGGUUGCCAACGUUGGUAAGGGCUGUACCACUGUUGAGGGUAAACAGACUGUGUUCCCCAACCCCGGCAAGCAGGUCAUCUAUGGUAGUGGCGUGACUGCAUCCUCCCCUGUGUUCCCCAAGUGUUAA